GACCAUCAAGGAGAAAAAGCUAAAACCCUUUCGAUUUGCGACACCGACAUAAAACCCUUCUACUUAGUUCUAACGAUCACAGACAGAGAUCUGUUUCUGAAUCUGAAAACGCUAUUAUGAGAAGGGUUUCAUCCUCUCUUCUCUGUAGAACCCUCGCCGCCGCUCGCGGCGGUUCUCCGGCCGCCUCAUUCGCCCUCCCUAACCGUUUACUCCCGGCCGCUCUUUACGGCAGCUCCACCGGCGGUACCCGCGCUCACCGCCGAUGGUUCUCGUCUCUCCUCGCUCCAUUCACCGGCGCCUCUCUCGGCGUCGCCGGGGCUCUGGUCGCCGCCGCUUCUGUCCAGGAAGUCUUCGCCAAGGAGCCGCCGCCGCCUGAGGCUCUCCCCAACGAGGUUGUUCUCUACCAGUACGAGGCUUGCCCUUUCUGCAAUAAAGUCAAAGCGUUUUUGGACUACCACAAUAUACCUUACAAAGUUGUGGAGGUCAACCCACUCAGUAAGAAAGAAAUAAAAUGGUCCGAGUAUAAGAAGGUGCCAAUAUUGAUGGUAGAUGGCGAGCAGCUAAAUGACUCAUCAGCUAUUAUUGACAAGCUGGGACAGAAGAUUUUGUCAAAGAAAAAGACAGAUUCAACUUCUGAGGAUGACGAAGAGACAAAAUGGCGGCGGUGGGUUGAUAAUCAUUUGGUACAUGUUCUGUCACCUAACAUAUAUCGGAAUACUUCGGAAGCACUUGAAUCCUUUGACUAUAUCACAAGCAAUGGCAAUUUCAGCUUUAUGGAAAAAGUCUCGGUGAAGUAUGCUGGAGCUGCAGCUAUGUAUUUUGUGUCUAAGAAUCUGAAGAAGAAAUAUAACAUUACUGACGAACGUGCUGCUCUUUAUGAGGCAGCAGAAACAUGGGUGGAUGCUCUGAAUGGCCGGGAGUUCCUUGGAGGGUCUAAGCCUAACUUUGCCGACCUGGCUGUCUUUGGGGUUUUAAGACCCAUACGCUAUUUGAGGUCUGGCAAGGAUAUGGUGGAGCACACACGUAUUGGUGAGUGGUACACAAGAAUGGAGAACGCUGUGGGAGAGUCUUGCAGGAUUAAAGCCUAAACUGGGUUCUGUUGAGUCCAGACUGCAUACAUUUUUUUUGCUUCUAUUACUAUGCUCUGAGGUUUUGCCUCCACUGGUUGGAAGGGAAUACAUUUCGGUUUCUCAAUGAACAUGUUUGGCUCAUUAGAAAUAUACUGCGAUUGGUGCUAGUUAUAAAUAUAGGCAAAGUUUUGCUGAUCAAUCGAUUCUUUAGAAAAAUGAUUCAUAUAUGUUAUAACAGCUGUUAUGUAGAGUUUGAAGAAAUCUUUCAGCUGUAUCCAAGAAUAAGACAAUACCUGCUGUGCCUGUGAUAUUUAAAACUUUGGGUUAUUGAAUACAUAAAAGAACUUCAUUAAGUAUGGACUUUGAUGUGAUCCCUGAUCAAUUGAUUGUAAACAAAUCUUGAAUAACU